UGUGACAUGAAAUAUAUAAAUAGAAGAGCAUAGAGCUUGUUAAGGAGUGUGGAGAACAAAAUCACAAAGAGAAAAAAAAAACAUAGAAGAGUUUAGAGUGGUAUUAUUAGUAUUGUGAGAUGGCAUCAUCAGCUUCAAUGUUGAUAAAUUAUCCAACUACUUUUUGUGGAGUUAGAAAUUCAUCAAAUCCAAAUAAUGAUCAAUUUUCUGAUCAAAUUAACAUUCCUUCUUCAUUAAAUAAUAAUAUUAAUAUUAGUAAAAUUACAAGUAAAACCAAUAAAAUAAUCCCAAAAGCAGUAGCAUCCCCUGUGAUUCCAUCUAUAAAUAGUAAUAAUAUAACAACAACAACAACACCAAAUAUCAAAAGAAUAAUUCAUGAAUUUGAUCCAAAAGUUCCAGCUGAAGAUGGUUUCACUCCUCCUUCUACUUGGUACACUGACCCUUCCCUUUAUUCUCAUGAACUUGACCGUAUCUUUUACAAAGGAUGGCAAGUCGCAGGAUAUAGUGAUCAAAUAAAGGAGCCUAAUCAAUAUUUCACCGGAAGUCUAGGAAAUGUUGAAUAUUUGGUAUGCCGAGAUGGUCAGGGGAAAGUUCAUGCAUUCCACAAUGUUUGUACUCAUCGUGCAUCAAUUCUUGCAUGUGGAACUGGCAAGAAGUCUUGUUUUGUCUGCCCUUAUCAUGGAUGGGUAUUUGGCUUAGAUGGAUCACUCAUGAAAGCCACUAAAACUGAAAAUCAAGUAUUUGACCCUCAAGAACUUGGGCUAGUAACUCUAAAGGUAGCAAUAUGGGGGCCAUUUGUUCUGAUAAGCUUAGAUAGAUCAGGCUCUGAAGGAACUGAAGAUGUUGGAAAAGAGUGGAUUGGUUCAUGUGCUGAAGAAGUUAAAAAACAUGCUUUUGAUGCUUCUCUUCAAUUCAUUAAUAGGAGUGAAUUCCCAAUGGAAUCCAAUUGGAAGGUAUUUUGCGACAAUUAUUUGGACAGUGCAUAUCAUGUUCCUUAUGCUCACAAGUACUAUGCUGCUGAACUCGACUUUGACACCUAUAAAACUGAUUUGUUGGAGAAAGUUGUGAUUCAAAGAGUAGCAAGCAGUUCAAACAAGCCAAAUGGGUUUGAUAGACUUGGAUCAGAAGCAUUCUAUGCUUUUAUUUAUCCAAACUUUGCUGUGGAAAGGUAUGGCCCUUGGAUGACCACAAUGCACAUUGUUCCAUUAGGACCCAGGAAGUGUAAACUUGUGGUGGACUAUUAUCUUGAUAAAUCCAUGAUGAACGACAAACCUUACAUUGAAAAAAGCAUAAAGAUCAACGACAACGUACAGAAAGAAGAUGUGGUGUUAUGUGAAAGUGUGCAGAGGGGUCUAGAAACACCAGCAUAUAGAAGUGGAAGAUAUGUGAUGCCAAUUGAGAAAGGAAUCCAUCAUUUCCAUUGCUGGUUGCACCAAACUUUGAACUGAUCCUUCUUCAUCUUCCUCUUCCUCUAGUUGGGUCCAAUAUUAAUUAAGCUUAUGAGUUUCAUGUUAUUAUUAUGUAUUAUUAUGUAUGUAUGUAUGUCUACUUGAAGAUUAUGGUAUGGUGCUAAAUGCUAAUGCAUGUUAUUGUAAUAUUUUUAAUAAACACCAUCAACCUUCCUUGGCCCUUGCAUUAAA